AUCUUAAACUUCACCCUCCGCAUCUCCGACCAUCACAUGGCUUCCUCCGGCCAAGAGAAUGACCGUCGCCAACGUCCAUCCGACUCGGGUCCGGCAGUGUUUCCUUUCCCUAAGUUAACCUAUGAUAGCAUAUCAGCAUAUAAUCUCAAGGAUAGCAUUCUCCUUGAGAUGGCUGGUUUGGAUGGCAUGGGCACGCAGCCGUCAACUAGACAUGCCGUGCAAGAACACCUCAUAACAGCUGCUGCCACAACCGGGACCUUGGUCAGGAAGGGUAUAACUGAGACAAAGGAAAAGGUUUCCGUUGGAAAGAUCAAAAUGGAAGAGGCAGCCAAAAAGACUGCACAAAAAAGCAAGACCAUUUUGACGGACAUCGAAAGGUGGCAGAAGGGAGUUGCCAGCUCAGAUGUGUUUGGUGUUCCGAUUGAGAUCAUUGUCCAGCGGCAAGAGUCAAGCAGGCCUAUACCACUGAUACUGAUUAAAUGCGCAGAUUAUCUCAUAUUAACAGGGCUUAAUUCACCGAACUUGUUCAAAGCCGAAGGAGAUAAAAAGUUGAUUCAACAAUUGGUUUCUGCUUACAAUCAAGAUCCUAGUGCGUCAAUGCCUGAGGGUGUGAAUCCAGUUGAUGUCGCUGCACUCAUGAAAUACUAUCUUGCCACCCUUCCGACACCCUUCCAGGCACCAUAGGAGCUGCAGUCCAACCAGCAGGACACACCACUGGAACCACACCAACCUCUCCUCUAUCUAACACCGCCUCAAAUCAUUCAACUUG